CUAGGAAAGAAUGAACUUUUGACCUCUGCCAACAGUUUAUCUUGUCAUCUGUAGGAUUGCAUGCAACAUCUUUCAGGUUUUUCUGGGAAAACGUUUUGCAGGAGUAUAGGUUAUACCGAAAAACAAACUAAUUGUAACUGGAAAGUAUUUGGACACUAUUAUAGAAAGACGUAUUGCACAUCAAAUGCGAUAAGGUAUGACAUCCCUCAGUUGUAAUGACGUCAAACAAGACGAACCCGCCACAUACAAUUCCUCCACUGGCAGGGAUAUCUGAAUCCGAGAGAGAUAAAUAUCUUCUUAUUGCCACUUUUCUCAGUGUUUUAAUUAUAUUUGGAGUUCUGGUUGCUAUAAUGCAUCGAAAGUGUCGUGAAACCUUAUCUAGAACAAAAUCUUGGGUUAUUUCAAAAACCGUUCGACACCGACCAAACAUAAACCGAAAUAGUGCAAGAUUGGGUGCCAUUGAGAUGAGUUUCAGAGACCCAUCAAGCCCUGUGUUCAGUAAAGAGGUUAAUCCGCCUCUCAUGUUUUAUCUUGGAAGCAGUGAUGAAUCUCAGUCUGGAAGGACGAGAAAAUCGAGGGGACAUCGAAGUUCAGGAACAGAUCAAGAUUCUGGAAUUUCAAUUAUUUCCGGCAGUCCAAAUAUACCAAUGUGUUCAUUAUCUAAUCAAUGUGUUUGUUUUGACAAAGACGUCAAUGAUAAUGUGACAUUAAAUUAUAUUCCUCCCAUCAUUUCACAAGAGUCAGUGAGCUUGGUACGAGUUUUGGCGCCAGAAAUCCCGGAUAAAGCAAGUUCGAUAACCCCAAAUGACGAUAUCGAUGACUGCAAACGGCCGAAACUUCGUAGGAGUUCUACGGUUAUUGAUAAAAUGAAUUACUUGCAAGGAUAUAUGCCUUCAUCAAGAGAUGAUGACUAUACAGUAAUAACUUUAACAGAUGAUUCGGAACCAGAUAAUCUUUCACCAGACAUUUUACUUAAGAAGUUUAAAUAUAACGAUUGUAUACAUUUACAUGAUAAAGGAAAACGUUCAAAACACUUAAGUGGUGUUGAUAACCCGGCGUUUUACUUACAGAAUAAAAUUCUUUCAAAGUCUUUAUCUGAUAUUAGAGCAAAUGUAGACGAAAAAAGUAUACAAGAGUCCAAACUUCCAAAUAGGUCUUCACGUGACACUGGUAAAAAAGACAAACUUAUGUAUGAAAAUAUAGUUCACGUAGCUGAAGUACACGCACCACUGAAAAUGAAUCGAUGUAGCAAUAUGUACAAAAAGAGUGAGUCUCCAAGGUCCAGUAAACGCCCAACUGCAUAUAGAACGUAUAAUAUAAAAACAAUAGAUAAAGAAAGUCAGGAGCUCUACAAAAGGGUAAUGCGUGAACGAAUUCACGACAUCAUUCAAUCAGAUUCUUCAGCGUCGUCAGUGAAAAGUGAUCAAACAUUUGUCCGAACUACUCGUAAAAAGAAACGGAAGGCAUUAAAGUCUGCUUCUUCCACUAAUGUUCUGUGAUAUGUUAUGGAAAACUUCCAUUUCUAUUUUUGUUAUUAUUUUACGUAUUGUUGUUUCGAUGGAGAUUGCCAAAGUGAUAUCUCAGUUGCUCUUGUUUUAAUUCGGAUGUCUAUAAAUACUCUUCAUGACAAUUAUUAUACUGACAAUCAAACACACCUUCUAAUAGGAGAACUAGAAUUCGAAUUUCACAAGUAUACCAACUAAAGAUAAACGUGCACCAUACCAUCAUUCGGGUGGAAGUCAGUAUUAUCAUAAUUUAAUUUUGAAUUGAUGUAAGUGAGGGCGCUGGCGCCAUGUUGUUGACUUUUGAAAAUAAAGAUUUAAGUUUUAA